AUGGAUGUACCUAAUCAAAUGAAUUCAUUGACGGUCGAGCCGGAUACGCAGGAGAGGAACCCAGCGACAUAUUCAGAUUUGAUUGGCGUCCUAGGUGGUAUCGCUUUCCUCUGCAUUAUCGCCACUAUUUUCAAGAAACCAAUCCAAUCAUGGUGGGAUUACACGGUACCUACGCAUUGUGGUAAAUGCGGGAAAACUAUAGAUCACAUUGAUAAAAGAACUCGUGUGGCAGUCGAUAUACAUAGAAGGAUACUAUUGUGUAUUCCUUGGACAGUUUGGUAUCAUCCUAAUUGUGCCACUGGUAAAGUCGUGCCUAAGGCAUUAGAUGUAUAG